GCUCCAAAGUUAGUUUUGUGGGUGACUAUCUACCUCUUACGUAUCAACAAACCCCACAACUAAUUCAACACAAACAUCAUGAUGAUGAUGAUGAUGAUGAUCUUCUUUUUCCUGGUGGGAACUCCUGCAGCCAUGGCUGACAAGCCAUUGAUGGAGCUGGUGUACACAAGUGAUGAGUUGACAAGUCUUGCCGGAUAUGGAGAAGAGAAGCUCUCCACAGUGGUGGUUGCUGGGACGCUUCUCUGUGAUUCUUUUUCCGAUGCCACCCUAAUUCACUCGCAUCCAAUCCCUGGAGCAUCAGUGGUUGUUGCCUGUCGUGCUAACAAGAAAACAAGUAAAGUAAGAGGGAAAACCGACCCAUAUGGCGAUUUCUUGAUUGAUCUUCCUUCCCAUCUUCAUGCAAUUCCAAACAUGGAAAAUAGAUGCAUUGUUAGAAUUGUUGGUGUACCCAAGAAAUCUCUCUGCCACCGAGCCUUUGCUGCCCGUAAACACAAAGCUGGGCGGAUAAAGUUGUCAUCAUCAUCACCAGGGGAUGGAAUUCGAACAUACUCCGUUGGCCAUGGGAUUCACUUGGCACGAAAACAACAUUCACAUCCAUUAAUCACAAUGAAUAGGGGAAGGAAAAUGUUGUGAUAUUCAGUGAGGAGGAGAUUGUACAGAUAAUAUAAUGUUGGUUUGUAUUAAUUUUCUUGUAUCAAUGGUGCCAUGCAUGCUUUACUAGAUAAAAAGAGCAUCAUCAUCGAUCUGC